AAUGAAAAAAAGUCGUGAGCUUGAAAAAGAAUUAGAAAAAGAAGAAAAAUAAAAUAAAAUAUCUUAUAAAAUUGUCAAUUAUUAAUUGUAAUAAUUAAUCAUGAGUGUUGGUCCUUUGGUAACGGAGAUAGUGCUGGCGUUUUGCCUUGCAACGACACUUUUAUACCGAUAUGGAAAUAUAUUUAGAAAUCAUAUUGUCGUCACCGUUUCUGUACUUAUCGCUUGGUACUUUUCAUUGUUAAUUAUAUUUGUUUUACCGUUAGAUGUGUCAUCUACUGUAUAUAGACAGUGUGUAGAAAAAAAUAGUCGUUACAAUUUAUCAGUAACUACAGACAACAAUAACACUAGUAAUGUAACGAUAAAAUGCGAGAAGCCGUGGUCUAGUGUCCCAGACAGCGUGUUUCCAAAUUUAUGGAGAAUUGUCUACUGGACAUCUCAGUGUUUGACGUGGUUAAUAUUACCCUUGAUGCAGUCGUACAUCAAAGCUGGUGACUUUACAGUCAAAGGAAAAUUAAAGUCCGCUUUGAUAGAUAAUGCUAUUUAUUACGGAAGUUAUCUGUUUAUUUGUGGUGUACUCUUGAUAUACAUCGCAUUGAAGCCUGGUUUAGAUCUUGAUGGUCAAAAAUUAAAAGCCAUCGCAUCAUCGGCUUCAAACACAUGGGGACUUUUUUUGUUAAUAAUGCUAUUGGGUUACGCGCUAGUCGAAGUACCACGGGGACUGUGGAAUGCUAGUAAACCAGGUUUUACAUUACAGUACAGUUAUUUCAAAGCUUCGAAGUUAAAUUUAGAAAAAUGCGAAGCUGAAGAAACUGUCGAUGAUAUUUUAGAGUCGCUGCAAGCUGCAUCAACAGCCAUUGGUAGCACACAUCCAUUUCAUCGUAAUCUAGAGACAAUAUUUCAAAAAGUACCAAUUGAAUUGAAAGAACGUAUGAAUAGAAGACAACUUCCUGAAGAUGCUCACACAAAUGCUCCCUCUGAGAAAUCAUUAAUUAGAUUACAUAGACAAACAAUCAAAGCUCUGCAAACGCUCCAAAGAACGGAAACCCAAUGGGGAAUUUUAGUUGAACAAAUUUUUCAUCUAGAAGAUAUUUCGAAAAAUCAAACGAAUCAUGAUAGAAGAUUCAAGUCAUCUUUUCCAACUAUUCGUCCGUUUUUUAUUCGUUUAAUUUAUAACCCAACACUAGAAUGGUAUUGGAACUGCAUAAUCAAAAGUCAUGUACAAAAAGGAUUGGCCAUAGUUGCCGGGUGUUUAUCAGUAGCAGUCGUUUGGUCUGAAGUAACUUUCUUUAAUAAGGAUCCAGUACUGUCACUAUUUGCUCAAUUUUUAAAGUUGGCUUCUGUAAAAUACGAUUACCUAACGAUUGAGAUCCUAUCGACAAUGAUAAUUGCAUAUCUUUGUUACUGUGCGUACUCGACAGUGCUUAAAAUUCGGCUGUUGAAUCUCUACUACCUGGCGCCACAUCACCAAACAAAUGAGUACAGUUUGAUAUUCAGCGGUAUGAUGUUCUGUCGUUUGACACCACCAAUGUGUCUUAAUUUCCUUGGAUUGAUUCACAUGGACUCGCACAUUAUUAAAACGCACAUACUGGAAACUCAUUACACUCAAGUAAUGGGACAUAUGGAUGUAAUAUCAAUUAUAUCCGAUGGGUUUAACGUAUACUUUCCGAUGGCAAUUUUAGCAUUUUGUUUAGCGACUUACUUUAGUCUUGGCAGUAGAUUAUUAUCUGUAUUAGGGUUCCAACAAUUUCUUGGUGACGAUGAAGUUACCACAGAUCUCGUAGAUGAAGGAAGAGAAUUGAUACAGCGAGAGCGACGCAGAAGACAACGUAUUGAAGAGUCAAUAAUGCGUCGUCGUGAAUUUCAAGAACGAACAAAUAACCCAGCACGUAAUCGUAAUUCUAGACAAAGUGUUGAUACCGUACGGUCUGUCAAACGCGACGAAUCUACUGAAUCAGUCAGAGCAGGUCUACUGCGUGAUUUUGAUACCUCUGAUUACUAUGUCGGUACGACAUUUAACUCAUCCUCGAACAGAUAUGGAGCUAAUAACGCAUAUGAACGCAAUGGAUAUCAGUCCAGUGAUUUUUACGAUAUUAAUAAUGACGAGGAUAAUUCGAGAAUAUAUUCUUCGUCCUCGAUCAAUAAUAGUAGUAGUAAUUACAGUAGAGCACCGCCACGAAGAAUAUUUGAUGAUGUGUGAGUUUGCUAGUUACAAGCACCCAGCAUUUUUUUUUUUAAACAUAGUUAGCUAAUUAAUAAUUAAUAUAUACAUAUGUAAUUUUAAAGAACGAUUCACUGGAUCGUAAUGAGCCUUAUUCAAAUUAUUUAACUACUACAUAGUAAUAUAUACAUAUAAAAAAUAUUUAUAUUUAUGUACAAGGUAAUUUAUAAAACUGUUCUUUAACUUUGAAAUAUUUUUUAUAAUCCUCCGAGCUUAUGACCGAUUUCAAAGACAAAAAGCAGUUUUAAUUACCUUGUUGCUUAAUUGCUUGAUUUUUUUUUACCAAGCAUGUACAAUAUAUCUCGUCAGUUAUUUUAAUUUCUUAAUUUUAUUAUAAAAUUGCUAUUAUUCAUUAUUUAGUCAUUAUUAUUAUUAUUAUUAUACUGACACGUUUCUUAUUGAAAUAUAAAUAAUAAAUAUUUUCACAGUGAUAGAUAGGAAUUAACUAUUAAUGGUAAAUAAAUAAAAAAUUGCAUUAAUUUACAUAUAUAUAUUUAUUUGAUUAAAAAUCUUUUUUUUUGCUAUUAGUUAUAUAAAUAACAUACUUUAUUGGUAUUAGAUAAAAACUAUUUAAAAAUUGUGCGUAAAAUUGAUUAAAGAGUUGUAUCAAAGCUAAAAUAAAAUUCAAAAAAUGUAUUUUGAUUGUUUUAGAUUGUGCGUAGUGCGAUGUACUGUUAUAAUUAUUUUAUUAAUGAAAAUGGCAGUUUUAGCACGAAUUCUAAAUAAAUAACUUUUGGCAUUUGGAA